AUGCUUGAUCCAGUUGAUAAUAUGAGGUCAUCAUCACCUCCUCCACCAGAUUCCACUCAUCCAUCUUCUGAAAUGUACUAUACCAACGUCCUUUUUGGUCAUCCUCUCUUUGCCCCCUCUGUGUUGUUGCGCCGUAAUAGUGAAAACGGCAGCCAAGCCCCACCACCCACUACUCAUAAUGAAUUGACUUCGUCAUUGAAUGAUGAUUUUAUAGAAUUAGACGUGGCUUCAGGUUCUAUUACUAACCUCUCUGAUCAUGGAACUGACGAUCAUAAUUCUAUAAAUAGUCUUCACGUUUCUUCACCCAACUUGGUAAAUCGCCCUUCUUCAGAAAGUUCACAUAUAUCUCCCUCAUCAUCGGGUCUAAUUUUAGAACAACCACCUAUUUUUAUGGCUGAUGUCUUGCCAAAUCAAUCUGAUAAUCAUAGCAAUAUUCCUCAAAUAAAACCUGAAUCCCCCGGUGUCGAUCAGCCUUCUUCGAGUUCGGAACAAUUUUUGCCUUCCUCUACAGGCGUAGACGAAUCUUCUAUUCCACAAUCUUCUUCCAUUUACUCUCUUCCCUCAAGCUCUGAUGCCUUUCUUAUGUCUGAGCAUGAAAUAGCUCAGGGGAACUCUAUCACUAGCACUGUCCGCGGCUGUGAUCUUUUGGAUAGUCACAGUCUGGAAGAUUUGUGCAAUUAUCUUCCAAUUCUCUGUCACAAAUAUCCUCCGCUCACCUCCGAUCUCCCCCCUCAUUCCACUCCUUCAUCAACCUCCCAUGCAAGACGUCAGCAGAUUCAAAAGAAAUCAUCCAGUCUUCCCUCACGCCUAACAGCAUCAAGUGAUGAUGAAUCUGCGUCAAUUGGAGAUGAAGCACCACCUAGAUGUAUCCAAUCAAUUCAUGGAGGACGAAUGGUCGAUUACCUCCUAACUUGCUCUCGCUUGGGUUCAACUUCGAUCUCAGAUUUCCAUAAUAUAGUGGGGGAGGGUGAUAAGGAUCCGAGGAAACGCGUCCGUUUGCCCCUUGAUUGGCGACGUGGAAGGUCUGAUGGUCUGGUGAGCAUUGUUGGUGCCUCGAGGUCACUGGCGUCGCGUGUGACGGGUCGAUUUGUUACCGAUGUUUUUGAGGAGAAUGGCGACGCAGAGCACCUGGGUCACUGGCUCUCCUCGUGGAUCCAGAGCGGAGCGGUUAUAUUUUUUGCUCAGUUGGAUACACCAGAUUGUAGGAGUGGGGGGAAGAUGACGGGUUGUCAUAAUCAAACGAAUUCAUGCUGUGAACUUAUCUGGAGGCAUCGGCUGGUGUAUGGAGUUACUAAUAAUACCUUCGUUCAUCUCUCAAAUCCUAUUGAAAAAUUACAUGUUCGAUCUCUAAUGGCCGCCUUUAACACAAAAACGACCAUUUGUGUUCCUAAAUCCGAUCUUCUAAAUCUAUGGAGAUCGGAUGAAAUGUUAAAGCAGGGCUACUUAAACGGAACUCCAACAAGGUCGGAUCAAGAUCUCUCCCUAUUGGCCGUCCACUCCGAUCCGAGGUGGUGCCAAUUUAACAUUCUAGGCAAGCGAUCUACUGAUAAACUACUUGAACGGCAAGUGAUUGCAACCCUGAGGGAAUGCGAUUGGGGCAUGGAAAGACAAUCCCUGGGCCAAAAUUCCAUGGAACCAAGCACUUCCAAUGGACUUCAAGAGACAAUAUAUCAAGAAAACCUGAGAUGUGAACCGCAUCUCGUUAUUCCCUGUGAUCAGAGGCCUGGAUUCAGUCUGUUUCUGCCCCGAAGCGCUUCACUGGACAAACCUCUUGAAGGACGUCUGACCCCUUAA